AGAAUUUUUAAUACAUCCAACGCAACACAAAACAUUAAACAAAUAACUAACUUAGACUAGCACUGAAAUACGAUAUAAAUAUCUAAAUUCAAUUUAAAAAAUCUAAAAGGAAAUGAAAACAAAAGUAUAAUCAACAAUCAUUUCAUUUCAAAGUUCAAACUUCCCCUUAUUUGCAAAAAAAACCUCCAAAUGAACCUCAAAAUGAAGUCUUACACACAGCAUCCCUGCCGUUCAUGAGCGUUCAUGCAGGAAAUGACGGGCGCUGUAGGAUGAAAUUGUUUGACUAACAACGACUACAUUUCGACGCUCAGUUUCUUCCGAACUUUCAUCGCGUGUGGACCGAAGUUGACGCACGUGUGCUGUUCCCAUCAUUCUUUAACUGACACAGCUGGGUGUUACGUUCGCACAUCCUGACCCAGGUCACGCCGUAAUGGUUUACAAUUUAAGCGACUACACGAACACUGGAUACUAUCGCUGGAGGAUUACCAGACCUUGGAUUAACCCUUAUCUAGUCAACGAAAAUUGAAUUUACCACCGGGAAUAAAUUAACCGUUGAGUUAAUAGAGUGUUUUUAAAUUUUGUUUAUUCUUACGUUUCCGUUCUGACCUAACCCAACUCAUACAAACGUGAUUGUGUUAGUGAAAAGUGUAUGUGACAGGAAAAUAGGAUUGUCCAUUCAGCAACCUAGUGAAUGGACAAAUUAAAAAUGGAAAAUAUUUUCUCACCCCAACCACCCACCAUUAACGGUUGAGUGAUUGGAAUCGCACGAUAAAAGUGUUCCAACCCGCGUGUAGCCAUGUGCCAGUGCAGUAGUGUGCAGUUUACAGCAGUGGAAGAGUAUAGAUUCUAUGCGCGAUAAUCGGUGCGGCCCAACCCUUUAACAAGCACCUCCGACCCUUUGCGUGCAGGAAGUGAGUCUUAAAACCGGUGCGGAAACUUUUAGCAAGCCAAUCCAUUUCAGCGAAACGAGCACCGGGCGAGAUAGAAAGUGUUGUAGCUGGAGCAUAUCCUGUUAGUGCUACUAAACUACUGGAACGUGCUAACGCUCGUUCGGCUAAUGGAAUGCAACGGUCGUAUUUAAAGUUUCGUUAUGGACAACCUAUCGAACUUGGCCUCUCCUGUGCAGAUACGCAGGAUGGACUCCCAUCAAACGGUUACUGCAUGCGUACCUGAGGCAGUUUAACAACGUUCCACCACUGUCCGAUGCAAACGAAACUUUUCUGAAACAGCAUUACCAGCGGCGGAAGCUCCAUGUUUAGUGGUGUUCCGAUUUUCCUGCCCCAUCGUACUCAACACCACCCACGCCUGCCAUGACUCACACACAGCCCUUCCCAUCAAAAGAACAGAGGACGUACGGAAUGAGACAGCCAAGCGCGGUUUAGCGGAUAAGAAGAGAGCACUCGUACGUGGGAUAAGGAACAACAAAAAAGAGGACGACACGUGGAACCCCCAUUUGUACGCACACCGAAGUGCCUCGAGGGUUAAGGAUCGUCCAAACUGUUUCCGCCGCACGACUUCGGGCACUUCACGCAUAAACACACACAAACACAGACGCGCACGCACCAACUCACCUCUACUGCACGCCCCUAAAUGUGCGGACAAACGUGACGUAUGGCUAUGUACUACUAUGCUAGCAAGCUAUCAGCAGUCGCAUGCGGUACUCGCUGCCGGCAAGGAUUAGCACGCCGCCAACGGACCAAUCGCACCAACCGGCAGGGUGGCAAGAAGGACGACGAUGAAGACUCCGACGAUAAUAGCAAAGAUAAAAAGGCACUUUCGAGCUUCUUCUGCGAAAGCACCAACGAUACUAUUGUGAUAUCAGUGAAGUCGUCCGAGCAACCGGAAGUGUGCUGCGAAAGUACGCCAACCCUUGCGCACACGCUAGGCAGUCUCGGUACGGGCGGCGUUAUGUACGGUAACGGAACCAUUGUUUCCGGUCCGUUGGAAUCACUAAUAGAUUUACUGAUGCCCGGCAAUGUGGAAGAAUUCGAUCAGGACUACGUCUUUUCAUUUCUGCUGUCGGCCAGAUUUUUCAUCCGCUCGUACGAGCUGCUCGGCAAGCUGCUAGAAUCGAUACCGGAACCGGAACCGCUCGAGCGCAUCGUGCCCCUGCUCGGCGUCUGGACGCGUAUGUUCCCGUACGACUUUCGCGACGAGCGCAUGAUGAAUCACGUCAAACAUAUCGUAGCUAGAUGUGCGGACACCAAGCUGGCGAAUGUGGUGCCCCAACUACUGUGUGCCUUGCUGGCUCGACUUACCGAGCUGGAAAACCACGAGGAAGAGCUCAGAAGCUAUCAAUCAACCGUAGACAAUAAGACUGAAUCGAUCAGCUGGCCGACGGCAACGCAGCUGGCCCAGCUAGUGUGCCGCAUCGAGCGGAAGCUCGCCAAACACGUCGGUCCGGAAGAGUUUGUGCAGUGUAGUCCCAACCUGCUGAAAGACCCCAACCGGGAGGACUUUACACCGAAAACUGCAUCCACGGGCACGUCCAGCGCGGGUGGAUCCGGUCCAGGUCACGCCACUUCACUCGAUGGAAAGAAAACCUGCAACCUGGAAAGCUACCUAGAAUGGUCUGCCCGAUUGCGGUUGCUGGUGGCGAACGAGAUACUGAAGUGUCGAAACAUUCAGGAUCGCAACAAACAGUUCGAGCUGUGGAGCGGUGCCGCCCAAUAUUGCCUGCUCGUUGGAAACUACAAUAGCGCAACUGCCAUUCUAGAAUCGUUUGAUCUUCCACCCGUCGCUCGGUUGCAAGUCACGUGGAGCAAAUUGUCAUCGACAACGAGCCAACAGCUCGACUGUAUGCAGCGGCAUGCCGAAGGCUGUGGUAGCCUCUGGAGCAAACAGACGGAGCAGCACGUAAAUGGCAACAGCGAGGGACGCCGUUCCGUUCUGCAAUCGACGUUAGCCGAUGGAACCGCCAAACCAUCGACAUCGAGCUGCUCAGCAUCGGUCGCGACCGGAAGCGGGGUGACCAGAUCGACUUCCAACGAAUGGGUCGUGAUUCCGGUUUUUGUCGACAUCAUCAAGCUGGCACUGAAGGCAAGAGAGGACUGUUGCGUAAGACUCCCGAAUGGUCACAUAAACAUGACAGCAUUCGAUCGACUGGCAGCCAUCGUCGGAGCUUUUACCAAGCACAUGAUCCAGGUCAAUCAAACGCUACCGGAUGUUGGACAGUACGCGACACUCUGCCAGUUCAUGCAAAGUUGUAAGCUCCUCAACGAAACAGGUGAGCAUCUGUGUUUAUUUGUUUGUCUUUUGUGCUCUUUAUUUGUUCUACGUCCAUCCUUCCAAUUUGUUUGGCUUUUGACAGAGCAUCGGAAGAAAGCAGAGGUAAACGAAACACAAACUUUACCGGAUGUGUUCGUUUGUCGGUGUGCAUAAACGUACGCUGCUAUUUUUGUAAAUUAAUACCAUGGACAGUUCCUAAUGUCAGAAAAAUGUCAGCUCAACUUCGUCAGAACAAUGUGUGGAGGCCAUUUUGAACCCUCUUUUUCUAUUUUCCAUGAACUCAUCGUCAUUUUCAUGUAAAUGAACGUUGAUGGCUUCCGGUUGCAUCAGUAACGUGUCACAUGUGGUUAUAAAUGAAGCGAUAGCAACAAAAAAACCCCUUUUAUAGCAUUAUAAUAUUGAACGACAGGUUGAUCGAACUACUAUUGCGUUGGUGAUCAAUCAAAUAUAAUUCAAUCAUGGGGCUUCACGCUUUACAUGUUUUCAUGUUUAUUUAAAUUUUCACAUUGCCUUGCAACGUUGCUUUAAUAAUGCAAGUUGACUUUGCUUCAAUGAUGAGUCCACCAGGCGUCUCCAUCAAUUUCAUAAUUUUGGUAAAAAGUGGCAUAUGUUGCUGUAACUACAACUUAAACUAGUUAAAAAGGUUUUUUGUUUUAUUCCCUUUAUACUCUAUGAAUAUAAGGAAACUUACACUUAACUAAAAACUCUAGCGCUAAAAUAAACAAACGAUAUAAAACAUCAGGCGUCUCCACUGGUUUUGAAUUAUGUUUAACAGUUUAAUUCAUAUUUAAACCUUUUGCUGAACCUUAAACAUGAAGCAAUUAAAAAACAUAUUUAGUUUUUCUCUUUAAACUAUAUGCAUGUAAGGAACUGAAAUUAAACAAAAAAUUCUAAUGUUGGAAUGAUCGAAUGAUACAAAAUACCAGGCGUCUCCUCUGGUUUAAUUGUGUAUUCUGUUCAACGGUUUAAUUCAUAUAUCAACCUUUUGCUUAUUUAAUUCAUUGAGACAAUGAUACAGGCUGUGUUAAAAUUUUUAAAAUAUGCUCAUUCAUGUUUCUUUUGUAAUAACAAUUUAAUUCAAUCGUGCUCAAAAGAGUGAUAAAAAUGUAUGAGCGAACAAGCAUUUUAAUUAAUUUAAAAAUCAAUUUUAGAUAUUGCAAAUGUAUUAAGUAACUUUUAAUUAUAACAUAUAUUCAUUCCUCAUCGUUAGUGGAGUUGUUAUUUAAAUAAAUUAAAAAAAUCUGCCACUGAAAAAAAUCGUUCAAACUACCAGGCGCCUCCAUUAAAUUUGACUUUCGAACGCAUUUUUGUGUGCUUAUUUCAAAAUCAAGCUUUCACGCUAGGAUUUCAAAUUUGAAUUCACUUUUUAAAUAUUAAAUUUUUUUUGUAACACAUUGCUCGAUAAUCACAGCGAAUUCGAAAACGCUAAUCGCUCCGCUAAGCGUCGAAAUGCAAUGUACAAUUUAUCAACCCUAAAGUAUGUUCAUAAAUCAACGCUUUCAUCUCCUAAAUAACUACUAUUUAAUCGGUCGUUUGAUCUUCAAACACUUAAGCUUCGUUUCGAUUGCGCAAAAAAAAAUCUACACUCAAACAAACAACCAAAUCGUAUAGCUGUCAGUGCUGAUUGCGUUCAUACCUAAAACGUACUGCACCCGACAAGGACAUAUUUUAUGAGCCACACAAAAAAAAAGAAAGCAAGCGAACAAUCCUAAAAAGUUCUCCCAACACGAUGUUUGCCGACUGUUGGGAAAUGGCUACAACAAAGCGAAAACAUAAAUCACCAAAAAAAAACCCUUCCACACCAUCGGCCCACGGUCAGCCACCCGGAAAAGCGACCAUUUAGUACGCAUACAAAUUGAAUGUGACCACACUCGCUGUGUUUCUUCUUAAUCUGGUGAUGCAGCUUAAAAAUCGAAGCUUAAUACCGACACGCAAGCAGCUUAGAGCGUACCAAACAUGUGGAGCAGAGAGAAAAAAAAUCAUAUCCUAACAUGAACCUCAGUCGGAAAAGAAACGAAACGACAGAAAACUUCCCUAUUGCAUCGACAAAUAAUCGCAUCCGUGGGUGUUCGAUUUCGUCUGUCGCUGCCAUCGCGUUUCCGCUUCCGAAACACAUAUUUUAUCAAUUCAUAUGCAUUUAUCGAUGAUGUUUGCGCCAACUUGCACGGCCAGCCGGCAUGUGAGUUCGUGUCCAGCGUCGAAACCGAAGCCGCGUUUUUGUUUGUGUUUGUAUAUCCUCACGGGCAAGGUUUGGACGAAAAUUGGCAUGUACAGCAAACCGCAAAACAAACCUCCCCAGAGCGUUGUGCAAUUUAUUUAUUUCUUUUUUCUUCUUGUCCAAACCAGCCAAUGUGGUUGUCCUUUUACUUGCAUAUGCUUUUUUUUGAGUUCCAAAUGUGUUUCCUCUCGCUUUUAUUUCUGCUGUAAAAGGUCCAAUAAAACAACGUCCCUUAGCACAACGCUGCCGAGUAAGGCAAUCGGUACUGCGGGGGCAUGGGAUAAAAAUUCGUUUAGAUUCAACAUCACCCCAUAAACCGGAACAGUGUGUUUCUUUCGCGAUGCAAGAAUGGGAAGUGUUGACGAAACAGAACAAAAAAAGUUAACCAAUAGCAAACGAAAAGACACGAACUGGGCAAACGAUAAAAGAUACUGCGAUUCGACAAAAAACCUACUCCAAAAACCAACUGGGCCACAUCCGGUGCAUAUUUACCUAAGCUCAUGAAUAAGUCCACCUUACCCACGGGGACCGUUGAAUGUUUGGAGCACUGCCUGUACAUCGUGGCGAUCUCGAUUGGGGGCGAGUUAACGGGUGGAUUUUCUCGUUCAACGCGCGCGUUCGAAAAUCAUGAAAAUGCGCAAGAAAAUAUCAGCCCCUGAGCUUAUGCCGUUGUCGUUGCUUCUUUGCUGCAACGGGACGUGUCAUGAGCCAAACUUCCAGCGUCACACCGUGUUUAACGUGAGGGAAUUUAACACCUUGCACACAUUCACACCUCAAACCGAUCCGAGAGUGACCGGGAGUGACGUAGCGAAAGCGCAUGUUGAUCCUUCCAGGUGAAACAGGCACACACACACACACCUGCAUCGUGUGCAUAUGCAUUUUUCAAUAGCAACAGCAACGGUGGCAGCUUAGUAACAUCCCACUGGGAAUGCCAACCCGACCAGAAAUGGUGUCACUGGACAGUGACCGUGCUCGGAAAAGCCGAUACCAUCGCUUAGAAACAUGCACCAUCCGGAUGGUUCUGGAAGCACACACGCCGAUGGACGCCUCAGCGGGGAACUCCCGCGUUUCGAAUUUUCGAAGAAUUGCACCAAACAUAUCGACAAAACAAAGCCCGAUCCGAUCGCUUACUGGUCAGUGCCGGAAAGGAUAUCACUUCCAUACCUUCCGAUGCACUUAUUUCGCGAAAGCACGUCGUCCUAACGCUGGUCGGAAUGAAAUUUGAUCGCACUACCCCGAACCAGAAUUGGAUUUUAAUUCCCUUUCCAUUGUUAAAUAUUUGCCAAAAACCCAAAGGGCUUUGGUUCGUGGUACACAUUGGUGGAUGGGUUUAGGCAUUGUUUUUAAUAUGGAGACCAUACGAGGCCAACGAGAUCUCGAAACGACCGUGUAACAAAUUGUGUUUUUGUAGCGUUGGGGAAAAAAAUCGUUCCAAUCUUUUAAUGCAAAUUGAAAAUCGUUUCAUUUGAUUUUAAUUCAAUUCAAUCGGUAUGUAGUGACGGGGUUCGAAUAACUUAUAUAAAAAGUAAUAUCUUUGACAUUUACAAUCAAUAAAUUAUUCCACCAUUAAGUUCUCAACGUUACCAAAUAUGUUUUUGUUACAAGAAGAUCAAGUUAAUCGAUAUGAGAUCCCUUUGUUUUAUGAUGUGGUUGGGAAAGCUCUAAACAUUCCUUAUUUAAGCUUAGAUACUGUUUGUUUAUUCAAUUAUUUACAGUUCGAUGGUCAUUCAUGCAAUUCAAGUUGUUACACAAGAAAUUCAAUGAUAAAGUCUACUCUUCCAACGAAAAUCAUCGAUUAAUAGCGAUUCUCCUAUGAAAGCAAUAUCGAAUACAUUAGAGAGAAUAGUUUAACUACUGAGUACUCAAAAAAACGCUAAGGACAAAAUUUCCUCUUUGUGAAAAUCAUAAUUAUAUCAGCCUUCUGUGAUCAUGGAAUAUAAAUAAAAAAAUAAAUAAUCAAAAAUUACUCAAAAUAAUUAAACACUUGUAUGAAAACAACACAGACUGUUAAGCUCAGAGUCCUAACCUACCAUAGAUGGAGCAUAUAUUCCCCAAGUGCUUCAAAGUAUCUUAUACUUGGAUCGUAUUCCUGCACGAAAUACCAAUCAUCGUUCCCAACCAUACCUUCAACAUUCUUUCCAUUUUGUUCUCUACUUAAAGUAGCAAUAGUUCAAGUAAUAGGACUCUCGUACAUAAUCUACAUUGUUGGAAACAACAAAGCUGUAAUUUUUAUAAAAAAUCGUUCAAUGUUGUGAAACUCAUUUCUUACCCUUUGAAAACUAUAAUGUAAUAAUUUAGUUAAAAAAAAGUAAAUAAACUACUAAAAUGAGACAGAUUUUACAAGUUAUCACCGUAUGCAUUAUGCGUUCUAAACCAAUUAAAAUAUAUUUUUCUAAUAGUAAUCAUAUAAGAUGUUUUUUUAUUUAAAAUAAAGAAACUAGACGUUAGUUUGUAAAACUCAUGUUUCCCAAAUGAUCAUCGCAACAACUAAAAUCGACACUUUAAGUUUUACUUACUGUUGCUUUUUCACUUUCUCGCCAUAUAAGGAAAAAAUACCACAGAUUAUGCUACCAUAAAGCAAAACUAUACAAUAACACCCACCAGAAGCCUUUCAUCCUCAGUCACAGACUUUCAUCGAAGGUUUCAAUGAAUUUUCUCGACAAAAAUCCUUUCCACCUUCCGUCACUAGAUAGCGCGCCACACAAAGUUUUCUUCACUGGAAUUCCAAUAAAAACUUCACAAAAACGGCAAAAUAAUACCGUAAACCGUGUUAUCACCGUUCGUCGUUCAGGGUGCACUUGGUACAGCAGUGAGUAAGAAGAGUCUUAGCUGAAAGAGUACACAUUCUCUUCGUUGUACACUUGAGCCAUUUCACCAUUUUGCAUCAUAGAAGCACAAGGAUGAGUAACAUUCCAUGCAAAAUAGUUAAUAACAUCUAUCAGGAUGGGCCAAGGGGUUCAAGUAUUUCUUUGAACUGCAUUGAUCCGGCUGGGAAGCUAUGAAUGUUCAUUUUGCUCACCCGAUUGAGAGGACGCGUAAAAUCUGUACAUUUCAUUCUUAGUGUGUGUAUUUGUGCUUUUGCAUCCUAAUAAUGCUACCAUAGAAAAUAGCAUCUUAAAUAAAUUAUAAAUCACACGCUUUAGUUGCCAUAAAACUCCGACCCAAUUAUCUCGGUUUUGAUUGUUCGUAAAGGUUCACGAAAAUAAAACAAACCGUUCUAUUGUCUGUUUUUUUUGCAAUAGCUCAUGCAUCGCUCUACAUGCAAAUGCAAACUCUCGCAACAGGACACAUGAUGGACACGGUGGGAAAUUUGCAAAAUAAAAAGCGAACAAAUUUGGCCAGACAAUAUGCAUCAUCCAUGAUGAACCUUUUUGCUACUCUCGUCUUUUUCGCUUUUUUCUCAGCAAAUCGAGUUAAAUUAGACCGCCAGACCGAAAGCUGUUCAGUGUGAAAUUAAAGAGAGAAAGAAAUACAUCAAAACUAGAAUAACCAACGAAAAAUGGUAGCAUACGCAAAAGAAAACAAAACAUGAAGGACUAUGGAAAGCUUUAGAAGAGCAGCAAAAAAAAGGAGGAGAAAAAACAAAUCAACAUAUAAAAGUGUGAUAAAAACUGAAAUAAAAUAAACUAACAUCUUCUCUCCAUUUUGGACCAAACUGGACCGAAUUAAAUUACCACAUCGCAACGUAAACAGUGCAUGCAAUGCUUUUAACGCCACGUACAGUCUUUUGCUAUUUUUUCUGUGAAAAAUGAUCCUCAUUUCAGAAAACCCUUUCUACGGAGCAAUUAUGUGUGCUUCGCUUUUAUUAAAUGGUUUUCCUUUUAUUAUGCAAACUUACACUACGGGUAAGUUAUCAAGCUUUAAGAGCUCCUUCAAACUGGUUUCACGAACUGUUAGUAAUGCAAAACUCCAUGCCAGAGGUAAAAAAAAAAAAUAGAUGGAGCACCAUCCUCCAUUCAAUUGCAUACGAUGGUUUGCUGCACCAAUACCUCAUCUAUUCAUCCUGUUCAAUAGCCGCUUUGCCUUGUUUGCUUUGGCAGCUAACGAAACUAAUCAAAGUUGGUAUUAUCGCAACUUUGAUCCGAAGCUAUGGAUCGUUCCCUCCAGAAACCGCACCCUGAACUGAUGAAAGCCCGAGGAUCACCGUCAACCGCAAGCCUGGGCAACCUGAUUGCUUGAACUUCUGAUUAUCUGAUAAAUGGACUUUUCCUUAUGGUGACCAACCACUGAAACUCACGCCAGGGGGAGCAGUUUUUUCUUCUUUUCCUUUACAUUCCCAUAUUGUCACCAGUUAUCUACGCUCAAUCUUUGGGAAAAUGUGCAAAGAUACCGCAAAAACCUCGAUGGACAGUUGGAAAACUAUCAAUCUUUCCAUCUGCCUGCCGUGCUUCACAUGCCACACCACGUAUCAACCACCUUGAUUCGUUUGCCCUGACUGUGAAGAUCUACCGCCGGUAGCUGCAAUUCACCGGAAGCGAAUUUUCGGUUCCUUCCUUGCACGUUCAAGAUGAAGUGUCAUACUUUUGUUUUUCAUCAUCGCAUCAGUUCUUACAGAUCUUCUCGUGCUUUUUUCGCUCUUCCAUCCGAGUUGCUUCAAAAAAAAACAACCAACCAACCAUUCUGCUUUUGGAAGAGCUUUUUCACUACCGCAAGCUUAAUUUAAUUUAACGUUAACCGAGGUACAACAACAAAAAAAAACACUUCACAAAGAAAGAAUGCUUGAGACGGCAAAAGUCCUGCAGCUCGAAUAGUUGAAAUAGGAAGGCAACAGGAGAGAGAAAAAAAGGCUCAAUCCUUUGAAAGAAUGAUCAGCCUUUGAGCGAAGGACGCGUCUGCUUACGUUUACGGAUAAAGAAUGUUUCCUCUCCGAGCGAUGUGCGAUAGUACAGUUAAUAAAAAUGCCAUUCCAAGACACCGAACCGAAGGUCCGAACGGUGCAGAUAAUAAUGACGAUGACGUUGGUCGUCCCAGUGCAGUGUCCAGCGGUGCUCGUCGUAAAUGAUUUCCCGGGAAGAAAUAUGCCCGACCAGUUUGUUAGCGGGAAACGUUGGGGUCGCUGUGUCCAUUGAAUGCACACAGUGCAGUGCAGUCGGCACCGGUCACUAGCAAAGCGACAGUGCAAUGUUUGGCAUUCGCAACCCCUUCAAGUGCACCGGCACACAGUGCUGGCUUCUUUCCGGUUAUCUUUCGUCCGAUUUGAAUUACUUCCUUUCGUCGGCCGCUUCAAUGGUCAACGGGUUUUGGCAAAGGGAGAAAGAAAAUUGUACUUUUCUUCGCUUAUUAAUAAUAUUUCCUGCAUCUUUUUCUUUACAUUUCCAUCGCUUCUUUUC